AUGGAAGAGAAAACUCGGUCGACUCCGUUCUCAAUUUCCAAUAUUCUAAACAGCGCUAGCUCUAGGGAGCAUGGAAGGAGAGAGUCGGACAACAUAACCGAGACUGCAGAAGCUCAAGACAGACAGCGUUCAGAGUUUUCAAGAGGGCAAAAUUGUGAAAUUCGUCGCCCUGAUGAAAGUCCUGUGGAUCUUGAUAGAAGGAUGGGAUAUGACUUCGAUGACUGGAGUAGAACAUCAGUUGAAGGUUAGUAACGCUCAAGGGUGAAAGCGAGCUUCCGGUUACCGAGUUCAGUGUGAAUAGCAUUAUAGUACACUCAAGAUUGCUCUGUUUUGGGCGAAACAAGGCCGUGUAUUACGUUUAUAUCUAUCGGGCGUAAAGAAUAAUACACUGAGCCUUACUUCUUGAUUUCUUAUAGAUCCUUCGGAAAAAGGCGAUCUCUCCUCCGAGGGCGACAAGAAAGACAGUCUCAAGAAGCGACGGAAGAAGAAAACAAGGACAGUGUUCUCUCGAAGUCAAGUUUAUCAACUAGAAACGACUUUCGAUUUAAAGCGAUACCUGUCUUCCUCUGAACGAGCUGGACUGGCAGCACAGCUUCACCUAACAGAAACGCAAGUUAAGAUCUGGUUUCAAAAUCGACGGAACAAAUGGAAGAGGCAACUAGCAGCAGAAAUGGAAGCUGCCAGUUUAGCGCAAGCAAGCCACCAGCGAAUGGUACGGGUUCCUAUUCUGUACCGCGAACAAAGUCGCACUAGUGAAUUAAGCGCUCAUCCUCCGUAUUCGUUUUACCACCCAUCGUCAUACCCUGGUCUGCAGUAUCCUCAACAUUAUUCACAGUUUUUGCCUCCUCAUUUAAGAGCACCACCAAUGACAUCACUUCUCUAAGCUCUUGCUGAUCAGAAAGGGGGGCCACAAGAAACCAGCGAGCGUGGACUGAAAUCUUCAUGGCCUUCCCUUGUCAUGAAAUAUACAGUAUUUCGUGAAAAGCGAAUCGAACGCUUUCGCCGUGCGAACGUUUUAAGGUUUUAGUGCAAAAUGUAGACACUUAUAAAGACCUCAAGGGCUCGUGAGUCUGAUACACAGAGCAAUAUUUAAUUUUAAGAUGUCCAACGCGAAUAUCUUGACUAAAACAUCGUCUCAAACUCAAGGAGAAGUUGCCCAAACAGAGUAAGACCUCUUUUGUGGUUACUGAAAGCGGGCUGAGUUUUCAUAAGUAUUUCAAAUCGGAGGGGAUUGGUGUAGCAAGUAGAGAAUUGUAUAGUGUUUACAAAUGAUAUUUACACCUAUUUAUACAACACUGAAAGCGAUUAUAGCUAAGAGAUGAACCACUUUAUAUGUAGCACGGAAUGCUUAACGGUAAGUCUCGAUAGAACGGCUAACGAUCGAAUGAGGGGUACAUUUUAUGUUCUCGACGAUCAUUUGAAUUAACUAAAAUUUGUUUGAAAUCUAGAGAGUAUUAAAAACCAGUUUAAUUAUCGUGAUACGGGAGUACCAGAGAAUCCAUUAGUAAAUGGAAACAGGCACCGCUUGUCCAGAAGAACCUUGUAUGAUAUAUUGUCCCAAAAUCACGAGGACAAAAAACGCUAACGAAUUAAGAUUUUGUGAGUCCAAAUUGUAAAAUACGUGUUAAAUUGUAGUCAAAUAUUUACAAUAAAAAACGUUUGGAAAUUACGCAUUAUGGGCAAAAGUAGUCUCUUUUAAACGCUAUACCAAUUUGAAAAGCGUUUCACGGUCGUUCUUCUAAAAGAUAUUGGACAAUACAUUAAUUACUUGAAGGCGUGCUACUUUUUCAAGCAAGAGGCUAAGGUUGCCUUAUAGGAAGAGGGACAGUUGAUUAAACGGAU